CGAAUCUUUGAUGAAAUAAAGCCAACUGUCUUCCCAGCUGUCUCCAAAUUGCGUUUAUACCCAAACUGCGCACAACACAAGAAAUCUCCCUCAAUUUUACGAAUACCGCCACGAUGAACUCCGUCUUCAACACCGCCCUCAAACAAUCCACCUCCCUCCGCACCGACCUCGCCACUCUCUCCUCCAACCCUCUCUCCGCCCCCGCAUCCCUCACCGGCCAAAUAUCCGCCUCCCUAACCUCCUUCUCGCGCACCCUCGACUCCUACGCCGACCUCACCAAGCACGAGCUCAACACCCAGAAAGCCGAGAAGGCAGCCGAGCGCCUCACAAAUUUCCGCCACGACCUCGCAGACUACAAAUCACAGUUCGAGCGCGUAAAGAAGGACCGCGAAGAAGCUACAGCACAGUCGAACCGCAGUGAGCUUCUCGGGCGAAGGCCGCACCAUGGCGGUUCCAGUACCCCCGAUAAUCCGUAUGCGAAUGCACAGAUAAAUCGGAGUGCGCAGGCGAAUAAUCCCUGGGCGCCUAGUAGCGUGGGUGGGCAGCAGAGUAUGAGCAUGGGGAGUGGAGAGACGACGAGGGAGGCGCAUGCGAUGCGCGAGCAGAACUUCUUUGGGAAUACACAUAGCGCCCUGGAUGAAUAUUUAGCGAGAGGACAGGCAGUGCUGGGGGAUUUGGGGCAGCAAAGAGAGAUGCUUAAGGGGACACAGAAGAGGCUGUACAGUGUGGCUAAUACGCUGGGUGUAAGCGGUGACACGAUACGAAUGGUGGAGCGAAGGGCUAAGCAGGACAAAUGGAUAUUCGCGGCAGGGGUGGUGAUUUUCUUCACGUUCUGCUUCUUGGUCUUGAAGUAUUUGAGGUGAUCGUACCUCUAGAUGCAAAGAGGAGGAAUAUGCGUAAUGAUUUGGAGGAAUGGGAAGCUAUCUUGACCCUCCUGUAUUUGGGUUAUUGAAGCGAGGCGUUUGGAACCGAUGCUGUACGAAUACCUUGCAUAGAUCUUAUAUGGCAUAUGGCUGCUUUACGCACUGCUGCCUAUCCUGCAUCCUGUUAUCUCGUAUUGAUAGAUGCGUUAUGCCCAAGCAUUGUGGUUGGAAAUUUGAGACCGUAUUUCUAUAUUAUAAUAUUUGAGUCUAUUUUAAAUCCUCG